UAGCCCGUCUGGCUCUUUUCGCUGUUCUUUAGGUAACAGAAGACGCGACAUGUGUCUUUGCAAGCGAUUUCGGCUUCGACGGCGGUUCAAGUCGUUGUGGGGCCAUUGGUUUGUCCCAGCCAAUCGUGAGCACCAACCCGAUCUGAUAACUUUAUUUUCUCCUCCACCAAGGACACCGCGGUGGGUCCUGUUCCACUGCGCCUUGAAAAAAACGACUGAGUGGAAAAACCAUCACACGACGCCAAGUGACCACCCACAAUGAAACCCUCCUCCACCUGAACAUUUCUCUACGGACUCGAUAAUCUGCAGAUGUUCAUUGUUGGCAACAGCGCGCAUGUACCUAGCAUGAGACUGGAGGGGAAACGACCCUUCGAUCUCUCUCUUUUGUACCGGUAGGCUGGAGGAUGGCGGUAGUCAACAACCGACACGAGGAUGCAAAGCAUCCACCAGCGGAACAGAGCCAAAAUUGGCGCAUGGCCCGUCCCUCUGCAUGGUCCUCUCAACUCUCCAGGCUCAUCUAGACCAGGAUCAUGAUGGACGGGAACAGUGAUGCCACACGUGGCUAGUCGAUAGUCUGAAUGUCGCCGUUGCGUCGCCGCCACCCCAAAGAGCCUGCAGCUGAAUUUGGACCUUCUCCAGGGUAACCCGGAUGGCGGGACAGUCCAGUGCCCUUCAUGUUUUUGUUGGUUCGCUUCCGAUCUAACGUUUGGCGUCCCUACAUAUAACAGUGCUCUCGUCCUGGAUUCUGUCAUCGGGUCUCUUGCUCGUUCCGGUUGAAGCAUACCUUUUCCAAACCACCCAAGCCAGCUCCCCAAACCCCCAGCAAACCGUCAAGAUGGUCCACGUCGUCCUCCCCGCCCUCAUUCCCGACAUCAAGCGCGUGUAUGAUUCCUACUUUGCCGCCUUCCACCAUGACCCCAUGGGCGAGAUCAUGCUCAACAUCCUCUUCCCCGGAGGCAAUGUGAACUCACCAGAGUUCCGUGAGGAACACGCCAAGGGCACCCUCGCUUGGUGGCAUCAGUCUGAUUCCCAAUACACCUACAAGUGCGUCGACACCGACAAUGGCGACAUUGUCGGCAUGGGUCUCAUCGAUGUGAUUCUGCGCCGCCGCUCCGUGGAGGAGCGCGCCUUCCAAGGUGUUCCAUGGCUCCAAGGCGAGGCCAAGGAGCGCGCUGAGAAGGUUCUCAAGCCCCUUCACGACAUGCGUGAGCAGCUUUUUGGCGACCAGCAAUACAUCUAUGCCCACGUCAUCGGUGUCCUCCCCGAACACCAGGGCAAGCAGGCCGGUGCCGCCCUUGCUGGCUGGGGUCUCAGCUUCGUCGACUAUACCAACCUGCCCAUGUACUUUGAGGCCUCGCCCUCCUCGGUCGGCCUCUACGAGAAGCUGGGCUACGAACGUCUCAAGGAGACCAUCGUUCAUAAGGCCGAGACGCUCGGCACUGCCACUGAUAUCUCGGUGCCUCUCAUGGUCAAGAUGCCCAAGUCUGCCGGUGGCAUGAGCUUUUAUGAGUGGAAGGAGAAGGGCUACCCCAAGUUCAACGCUGCCACUCCGGUCUCCAAGAAACAGAAGCUCUAAAGGACAGGGCCAGUUGGCUUUGUAAUGAGUGGAGACGUAACAAAUUGCUUCCUUUUGGGUUUCUGGGCGCGGGCUGGCAUGGAUUUAUCAGGGCGUUUUGUUUUGGGUUGGGAAAACUGUGUACAUAAACAGGUGUUUUGGUCCAUGAUGUUUGGGGGCGGGAAAAUGACAGCUCAUUGUAUCCGUACCUGACUCUGUUGCCAAA